AUGUUGCCUGCUCUUCGUUCGCGUACGAGCAUGACACGUGUUGUCAAUCAGUUAUUAGCUGCUCGUCGUCAACAAGAUGCAUUUCGUGUUCCAGCACAAAAUUCAUCCGCUGUAUCCGUUCUCACAGAUGAACAACGAGCACACAAUCUUAAAAUUUGGCCUGGUGUUCCUGAAGCUGUUCGACCAUUACCAAUUGAUUAUUGCCCAAUUGAUCCGGUUGAAUUCGAUAAACUGACCGAUCGUUUCAAUCCACAAGUUACAAUGUGGAAAUGGUUGUCAUUAUUAGUCGCUAUCCCAGCUGUCGCUAUCUUAACAUAUAUCAAUUUGAUUGCCACACAAGAACAUACACGUCCGGAAUACAAAGACUGGGAUCAUCUUCGUCCACGCAUGAAAUGGCCAUUCAAAGAUGGAAUUCAUUCACCAUUUCACAGCAAAUGGUUUAAUGCUAUUCACUACGAUGAUAAAGGUUACGAAACAAGCGAUGCUGAAUUCAGUAAACACUUUCACCAUGGUCAUUGA